AUGGCGCCACGUCUCUCAAAACUCCAGCUGAGGAAAGUUAACCUACUUCUUCCCUCUGUUAUUCAAACCGACGAAGAAAUCGCAGAGGCGGUUGGCUGUAGCCAACGAACGAUUCGACGAUGGCGUCGUCGAUUCGACAUAACUGGCGAGGUAGAACAAUACCCUCGAAGGCGUGAAAGCCAGCAGAAGAUGGAAAUACAGCAUCGGAACGAACUUCUCGAAUUAUUAAAGUAUCGUAACGACCUCCUAUUCGAAGAGAUGCAAGAAUUCCUAUACGAACAGUUCAACCUCGAAGUCAGCAAAUCAACGUUGAGCCGCCACCUCCACGCAGCUGGCUGGACGAGAAAGAAAGCCCACAUAAUUGCUUCACAACGAAACCCAGAAUUACGGUACGAUUGGUUAUAUCGUAUACGUCGAUACCACCCAGAACAAUUAAUAUUCGUAGACGAAUCAGGCGUUGAUAAAAACACUGGAAGAAGAAGGACGGGUUGGGCGCCUAAGGGUCUGACGCCAACGCGGUCAGUUCCCCUCGAGCGAGGUCAACGGAUACAACUGCUGCCAGCACUCGCAAUUGACGGUAUCGUAGACUUGCUGGUAUAUACUGGAUCGACGAAUGGCGAGGGCUUCUCUGCGUGGAUACAGCAACUUCUACUGCCAAAGUGUGGAAUAUUCCCUGGGCCUAAGUCAGUGAUUAUAAUGGAUAAUGCUUCUUUUCACCGGCAAGGGGAUAUACGGCAAGCGUGUGAGGCCGCUGGCGUACGCCUCGAAUUCCUCCCGCCGUACUCACCUGACUUUAACCCCAUCGAGGAGUAUUUUGGCGACCUCAAAAAGCAUGUAAAAAAGACAUUCCGUACGUGGAAUACUAACGAACUAGACGAGCGUGAUUUUGCUGAGUUUCUCCGCGACUGCGCGCUUGAGGUUGGGCAACGUCUCCCACAGAUAGCUGGGCACUUCCGUAACUCAUAUAUCAACUUCGACGGCACACAGGAUAUCUUCUGUGACGCUAUGACGAGUAGCGAUAUGUAUAUUGAGGCAGGAGGAGAGUUGAAUCCACCUCUUGUAGUAAAUAGUUGUUGA